ACUUAUCACUAUCGAUGAUAAAAUGAUCGCUGUUAGUUACAAAGUCGUGAUGCGUUCAGCCGACAUGCGGGUCCUGUACCUUGUUAUCACAAUAGGCUGGGCCAUAGGCGAGGAGUUCCGGAUAAAGACAGCGGAACUGAGCUCCAGCUCACCAGGCACGCGGAUCAUUGGUGGCAACCCUACUAUCAUAGAGAGACAUCCCUACACUGUACAGAUUUUGGUCGGCAAUCAGCUGACUUGCGGUGGGUCUCUGAUCACUCGGCGACACGUGCUGUCCGCCGCGCAUUGCUUCGUCCGCGAAGAUGGUACAGUCGUCAGUCCUAGAAACUUCAGGGUGCGAGCCGGUGCCACUUAUUUGAGUUCAGGUGAGGGCACAACAAUCGCGAUGUCGACCAUCAUAGUGCACGAGCGCUACAACAUAGUGCCGCACGACGCCGACGUGGCGGUGGCGCUGCUGGCGGGGGCGGUGCCGCAGUCUGCGCGCGCAGUCCCCGCCCCCAUCGCCCCGCCCGGCGCAGCACUGCCGCACAACGCCAGCGUCGUGCACGUUGGCUGGGGACGCACAAAUGUAAACAUCCCAGAGUCGUCAGAUGUGCUACGCGAGGUGACUGUAUUCAAGGUGGAUCGCAAUGUGUGCGCGGCCCGCUAUCGCCAGCUGGAGGUGCUCACAGGGGAACCCUUCCCCGUCACCGCCAACAUGAUCUGUGCAGGUGUCUUGGAUGUCGGAGGUAAGGACGCGUGUCAGGGCGACAGCGGGGGUCCGCUGAUGUUCAACGGAGUGCUGGUGGGUGUUACCUCAUGGGGCUACGGCUGCGCACAGCCAUACUUCCCCGGCGUCAGUGCCAGGGUCUCUGCUUACACCGAGUGGAUCAAUAGGACAGUGGUGAGAUAUAACGACGGCUACAGAUUGAGUGUGAGCCAAUUAUCGCUUAUUUUAUCUGUCAUUUUGGUGAUGAGCACCAACCUCUAUCGGUGAGAACGUCGUCGACGAGCACGUCAGCGAGCAGCGCGCCAACUUGCGCA